UAUAUAACGAAAAGAGACACUUCUAGAGAAACAGAAAGACAAAGUGAGAAGACAUAGAAAGGAGGAAGAUUAGCUUAACUUAAGGACUGUAUGGAGUAUAACGCAAUACUGGCUAAAAGUUUUAGCCGGAAGGAGCAAAAGAAGUUGAGCUACGGAGCUUUGCUUGCGUUUUUUGUCUUUCUGCUUACUUGUUUCACUGUCUUUAAACCAUCUUUCUCUCAUCUCCCAAUCUUGAAUUCGAGGCUGUCGAUAAAUGCCGCCAGACCAAGAAUGCUGCAGAUUGAUGAGAAUGUAAUCAGCAGAAGUCCUCGUCAAAUAUUAAGUACCAAAAUGAAGCUGCAGGCUGAAACCCGGAGGACUGUGUGCAAUAUAUUGGAACCACGGUCAGAUUAUUGUGAUAUUGAAGGAGAUAUAAGAAUCCAUGGGAUACUAUCAACCAUCCUUUUUACUUCACCUCAGAAUGGCAAUAUAGAGUUGAAUGAAUCAUGGAGAAUCAGACCUUAUGCUCGAAAAGGAGAUAAAGCAGCAAUGACAUCCACUACAGAAUUAUCAGUAAAAUCCUUGGUCGGAAAUGACAGAAGAAUAAACUCUGUUUGCAGCUAUACUCAUGGUGUUCCCGCAAUUAUUUUCUCCCUUGGAGGUUAUGCUGGGAACCAAUUUCAUGAUUUUUCAGAUAUUCUUGUUCCACUUUUUAUUACUUCCUAUCAGUUUCACCAACAAGUUCAAUUUCUUGUCAAAGAUUUCAAACCUUAUUGGAUUUCCAAAUAUAUGCCAAUCCUAAAACAGCUAUCAAAAUAUCCUAUCAUCAAUAUGGACAAUGAAAACAAUAUCCAUUGUUAUGGUAGAGUUAUCGUCGGUCUCAAACAUCACAAGGAGUUUGGUGUUGAUCCUUUCAAGUCUCCAAAAGGCUAUUCGGUGACAGAUUUCACUCAGUUCUUGAGAAAAGCAUACUCUCUGAAUAGAUCAACAGCCAUAACAAUCAAUGAAGGUCAAAAUGCAACCACGAAACCGAGGCUCCUAAUUGUUUCACGUAAAGGUACUCGAAAAUUCACAAAUGAAGAAGAAAUAGCUAAUAUGGCUACAAGCUUAGGAUAUGAAGUAGUUGUAGCAGAACCGGGGGUUACAAUAACGCCGUCAGAAUUCGCCCGUAUAGUGAAUUCUUGUGAUGUAAUGAUGGGUGUCCAUGGUGCUGGUUUAACUAAUCUUGCAUUCCUUCCAACUAACGCAGUAGUGAUUCAAAUAAUUCCUUUGGGUGGAUUGGAAUGGCUUUCAAGGCAUGAUUUUGGGGAGCCAGCGGUAGAAAUGAAAUUGAGAUACUUGGAGUAUAAGAUAAGAGAAGAAGAAAGCAGUUUAAUAGAAGUAUACCCGCGCAAUCAUGUUGUCUUUAGGGACCCAACCUCAUUCUCAAAACUAGGGUGGGAAGCAGUUAAAUCUGUUUAUCUUGAGAAACAAAAUGUAAAGCUUGAUGUUGCUAGUUUUAGGGUUACUUUGGUAGAAGCGCUUAAGCUUCUCCAUUCAUAGAAACAGAGAAAUGUAAAAAUUACUUCACUUCAAUAUUUUGUACAUGGUGGGCA